CUUUAGUCCGCUAGGGGCACACCUUGACUUGGAGCCUGUUGGCCUGGCGGAAUAUGUUCUGGGACUAAAAAGAAAGCUGCUAAAUGUAUUAUAUGUUAGUAAUAUGGCAGUAGUAACGAGGUGUCUAUUCUCCAGGUCAGUUUGUCAGCGCUUGUCUCCUGUCUGCCAGCGAGGAGGAGGAGGAGGACGACGUCUCUGUUGUUUCUUCAUUUCCGUCAGUCCUGUUUCAAUCCCUUCCUCCUUCCGUCCUGCUCCACAUACAACGUCAACGGGGACACGACGUUCAAACUGCUUUCUCACAUUAAAAGCCACCACGAUCACCUCGCCACCAUAAACCUGUUUGGGAACCAGGAGGAAGCCAGCAGGCGCCUGGUUAGAUGUGAGCCCAGGGCUAUGGCCAGACAGGUUGAUUCUGGCACUCAGACUGAUCCAGUGGUGGUUCUGUCUCUAGCCCAGGCUGCUGUUCUGGGGCUCAUCUCUCAGAACGAGGUGUUUGGUGCUACCAUCGCUCCUAAUGGCUUCUACACAGGAGAACCUAAAGAGUCUCCCGCCUUGCCUGUAGAGGGGGUGGAUUACGAAUACGCUGAUCAGCUGAUAGGAGCUAACGGAGAUUACCUGGGAGACAACCUGCCUGAAGACGGAAACAUGCAGCCCAGCUGUAGCCAGAGGUGGAGGCACGGACCUCCCCCCGAGGGGAAGAUGGUAGGGCCCGAGCGCCAUGCUGGAGUGCCUGUGGACGGGUCAUCCCAAGUGAAAGGAGAAGGGGUUAUCACUGGCCUGACGUCCUGUGUUCACAUGCUGAACAACCUGGCUACUACUAGAGGUGGAUUGGUCCAGGUCGACCCCGCCUCUCUCCGGGCCGCCGCCCAGAAAGGCUGUGCCGAGUGUGACAGAGACAUGUCCAGCCAGCAGGCUAACACACACACUCACACACACUCCCAGGCCGGCCACAGCCAUAAAGGGGAUCCGGGGCAUCGAGGCCUGCAGGGGCAGAGGGGGCUAGGGAAUCAGGAGAGAGCAAGGGGGGAGGAGGAGGAGGAAGAGGAGGGAGAGCAGGGAAACAGCCUGAUGAAAGGAGGACAGGAGGAGACUAUCAGCAGCUACUUCCAGUCCAGCGAGGUGGGGGGGUACGAUGGGGGGGAGGUCUACCAUGAGAACAGCCAGGGUAUGAUGUGGGGCAACCAGCCAGAGCAGGGGGUGGGAGGAAGAGGAGGAGCAGGAAGAGGAGGGACCCAUCGUCACCACGGCCGGAGGGUUGACCGUCUAGACAUCAACAUCCAGAUAGAUGAGUCGUACUGCGUGGACAUGGGGGAGGGCCUGAAGAGAUGGAAGUGUCGUAUGUGUGAAAAAUCUUACACCUCCAAGUACAACCUGGUAACUCACAUCCUGGGUCACCAGGGCAUCAAGCCUCACGCCUGCCCCCACUGUGGCAAGCUGUUUAAACAGCCCAGCCACCUGCAGACCCACCUGCUCACCCACCAGGGAACUAGGCCUCAUAAAUGCACCGUGUGUAAGAAGGGUUUCACCCAGACGUCCCACCUGAAGAGACACAUGCUGCAGCACACCGACGUCAAACCUUACAGCUGCCGCUUCUGUCGCCGCGGCUUCGCCUACCCCAGCGAGCUCCGCGCCCACGAGACCAAACACGAGCGCGGGCGCUGCCACGUGUGUUCCCAGUGUGGCAUGGAGUUCCCCACCUACGCCCAUCUGAAGCGCCACCAGACCAGCCACCAGGGACCGACUAGUUACCAGUGUACAGAGUGCAACAAGUCCUUCACCUACCGCAGCCAGCUGCAGAAUCAUCUGCUGAAACACCAGAGUCCUCGGCCGUACUCCUGUUCCCACUGCGGGCUGGAGUUUGUCCAGCUGCACCACCUCCGCCAGCACGCCCUCACACACAAGGGAAUGAAGGGUCAUAAGUGUGAGGUGUGUUCCCGUGAGUUCACCUUGUCAGCCAACCUGAAGAGACACAUGUUGAUCCACAACAGCAUCAGACCCUUCCAGUGUCACAUCUGCUUCAAGAGCUUCAUCCAGAAACAGACGCUCAAAACACACAUGAUCGUCCACCUGCCCGUCAAACCCUUCAAAUGCAAGGUGUGCGGGAAGUCGUUCAACAGAAUGUACAACCUGCUGGGUCACAUGCACCUCCACGCCGGCUCCAAACCCUUCAAGUGUCCUUACUGCUCCUCCAAGUUUAACCUGAAGGGGAACCUCAGCCGACACAUGAAGGUCAAACACGGCAUGGACAUCUCACCUGACGGACAAGAUGCUCUUCCUGAGAUGGAGGGCCAGGGCCACUAUGAGGAGGACAACUUUGACUUUGGGACCUCAGGGGCCAACAACAACAUGGAUAAUGGAGGCUCCCAGAACCUCACCAAGCUCACCACGGCAAACAUGGACGACAUGGACAACUAUUACAACUUUGGGAAGGAUACAGCGAACUACAACACGUCUUGAGCAGUAGGAGAAUAGUGUUAAUGGACUACAGACCAUUAGACACCAUGGGUUACUGGAGAAGAGACCAUGGGUUAAUGGUGGACUAACUACAGA